UUUUUCUGUUGCUGUUGAAUAAUUGGUCUGGGUUAUUGGAAGCGUUUUUUUGUUCUCAAAUUAAUUUUGAUUAAUUAAUUAAUUUGUGUCCUUUGUGCCUGUUGUUGGUUAUAUUGUAACUUUUAAAAUUGACUUCGUUACUGUUUUAACUGAAAUUAUUAGUUGUUAAAAUGAGAGAGUACAAAAUUGUUGUCCUCGGUAGUGGAGGUGUUGGCAAAAGUGCCUUAACCGUUCAGUUUGUGCAAGGAAUUUUUGUUGAACGUUAUGAUCCAACCAUUGAAGACAGUUACCGGAAACAGGUGGAAGUUGAUGGUCAACAGUGUAUGCUUGAGAUAUUGGACACCGCUGGUACAGAGCAAUUUACCGCAAUGAGAGAUUUAUAUAUGAAAAAUGGUCAAGGGUUUGUUCUUGUUUAUUCAAUCACAGCUCAGUCUACAUUUAAUGAUCUCGCUGAUUUGAAGGAGCAAAUUCUCAGAGUAAAAGAUGCCGAGGAUGUGCCUAUGAUUCUGGUUGGUAACAAAUGUGAUUUGGAAGAUGAAAGGGUCGUUGGUAAAGAUCAAGGGGCAAAUUUAGCUCGGAGCUUCAAUAAUUGUGCUUUCCUAGAAUCUUCAGCAAAAGCAAAAAUAAACGUAAAUGAGAUAUUCUACGAUCUUGUAAGGCAAAUCAAUAGGAAAAAUCCGGAAAAGAAACCCAAGCCAUCACGAAAAUUGAGAUGUGUUGUUGCAUAACUAUUAUAUUAUUAUUAUUGCUCGUUUCCCUCCCUUCAAUCUGCCACCAACACCACCACCAUAACCGCAGCCACAAACAACCACCAGCACCACCGCCACACCAUCAAUAACUCCUCUUCCAUUUUUUUUCUAUCGCUGCUUCUCUAUUUCCCUCUUUCUUUAUCUUUUCUCUCUCUCUCUCACCCUUUUUUUCUCAUCCUCUUUCCCCUCUUUUAAUCCAAUUAACGCACGAUAAUAAAACAAAAACUGCAUUUUAAAUUGUAUUAAAAUCAUGCAACACAACAAAAAAUUAACGAAACAAUUGUGUUUGUGUUAAUCACAGUUUAUCCGCGCUGUCAAAAAGAUAUAAUUAUGGAGGCAUUUCAAUGAUUAAUCAAAAUGAUUCGCAGCCUUAUUGAAUCAUCAUCAUCACCAAACAAUUUCAAUAUCAUCACCACUUUCAUCAUCUCUCCAUCGUCAUCAUCAACCAAACAACAUACAAAAAAAACUCAAAACUCGCAAAUUCAACAAACAUUUUCGUUGUUUUUACCAUCUCACUCUCUCGCUCUCUCUCUUCAUCUUAUUAGUGUUCAAUUAACUCAACCACCACAACCAAUCACACACCAUCCAAUCAACACUUUUACCACCACCGAUGAUGAUUUAAGCAAAGAGUUUAACAAUUAGUUGAAUAAAUAGUUUUGAUGAUGAUUAUUACAACAGGAAGUCUUACUUUUAAUCAAGUUGAUAAUUUUGUUUGAUUUCCUCUUUUCCUCUCAUUUCCUUUGUAUCCUUUUGUUUUUCUGGUUAAACAACAACAUAGACACACCAAUCCACUCACUCACUCACUCACUUACUCACUAGUUAACAUCCAACCUUGUUUAGUUAUAAAUUAUUAAUUGUUAUGAUUAAUUUCCUUUCAGACCUUAAUUACUCUAUUUAUUCACACAGAAACCACACACACACACAACAACAACACACAGAAUUACAAACAAUUACAAUUUCUUUCUCUAUGUUAAUAUACAACAUCUCAAAAAACAAUAAUAUUAAUUGUGACACUAAUUGUGAAAACAUAUUAUUACAAUUGAAUGUUUCUAAAUUUUGAUUGUCACUCUUUUUUGAUUGUCCAAUCAAAAAUGAAUAUAUUAUACACACAAUUGACUUUUAUUUACCUCUUUUAAUUAACUGUUCUUGUGUCCACAAUUAACUGCAAUUAAAAUGAUUAAUUUUUCUCUACUCACCAAUUUAAUCAAUAACAAUUUUGAUACAAACAAUUAACUGUAAUUAUUAAAUGAAUGCACUUAAAUGUUGAUCAAUUUGCUGGUGUUUUCAUCAAUGGAAAAACUUUAAUUUUGUUGAUCAACACACUUUAUUAAACAUCAUCAACUAAUCAUCGCAAACGAUGGUUAAACAAUAACAUUGAAUUGAUUUCCAACGUAACAAUCAAUUUACAAUCAAUUAUUACUCUUUAUUAAUCAUCGCCAUCAACUCUGUGAUUUUUUCACAAUCAAAUCUAAAUUAACUCAUCUGUAAAUUGUGAUCGGUUAAAUUGUGUCUUCUCAAUGAUCACAAUUAAAUGUAUUAUGUUUUAUGAGCCGUUGAUUGUUUACUUUUAUUUCAGGGUUAAUAAAUUGUUACAAGAGCUGAAUUGCAAUAACAAUUAACUAAUGAUCAGUUAACUGAAUUAAAGUUAAAAUUGUCAAUUGAGACAAACUUUCUUGUUGUUGUCGCUUAAAUUGUCAGCUAAUUGUGAUUCUCAUUGAUUUCUUAAUUGUCUCUAUUCUUUGUCUUAAUUGUUACAGUCAAUCUGUUAAAUUGCUUCUGAUUAACAUAAUCGACCACUGUCAGAAUUUAAUUGCUCAUUUUAAUUGUAAACAGAUUGUUAAUUUACUAUUUAAAUCCGGUUUCCACUUUUGAAUCUGGUUUUCUGGUUGUAAUCAAGUAAUUGACUGUUCAUUGAGUUAAUUGUUUAUGAUUAGUUAACAAAAUUUUUGUAUCAUUAACAUAAAUAAACGUCACAUGAGUCUGAGUAAACAGUAAUGAUUAAAUUUGAUUGUUUGCUUUGAUAAUCAGUUGUAACAAUAAUUAACUUUGAUUCAUUGAAAUAAAAAGUUUUUCAAAUUUUA